AUGUGCUCCCAGCUCUGGUUCCUGACGGACCGGCGCAUCCGCGAGGACUACCCUCAGGUGCAGAUCUUGCGCGCCCUCCGGCAGCGCUGCUCCGAGCAGGACGUGCGCUUCCGGGCGGUGCUCAUGGACCAGAUCGCCGUCACCAUCGUCGGCGGCAACCUUGGCCUGCAGCUGAACCAGAAGGCACUCACCACUUUCCCAGACGUGGUGCUUGUCCGGGUGCCCACACCCUCAGUGCAGUCGGACAGUGACAUCACCGUCCUGCGACACCUGGAGAAGUUGGGCUGCCGCUUAGUCAACCGCCCACAGAGCAUUCUAAACUGCAUCAACAAAUUCUGGACAUUCCAGGAGCUGGCUGGACAUGGGGUCCCCAUGCCGGACACCUUCUCCUAUGGUGGGCAUGAAGACUUUGCAAAAAUGAUCGAUGAAGCCGAGCCUCUGGGCUACCCAGUCGUGGUGAAGAGCACGCGCGGACACCGGGGAAAAGCUGUUUUUCUCGCAAGAGAUAAACACCACCUCUCAGACAUCUGCCAUGUGAUCCGCCACGAUGUGCCCUACCUGUUCCAGAAGUACGUGAAGGAGUCCCACGGAAAGGAUAUCCGGGUGGUGGUAGUAGGUGGCCAGGUGAUAGGCUCUAUGCUUCGCUGCUCCACAGACGGACGGAUGCAGAGCAACUGCUCUCUCGGUGGCGUGGGCGUCAUGUGCCCACUGACAGAACAAGGCAAGCAGCUGGCUAUCCAGGUGUCCAACAUCCUGGGCAUGGACUUCUGUGGCAUCGAUCUCCUCAUCAUGGACGAUGGUUCCUUUAUGGUGUGUGAAGCAAAUGCCAACGUGGGUUUCCUAGCCUUCGACCAGGCCUGCAACCUAGAUGUGGGCGGGAUCAUUGCGGACUACACCAUGUCCUUGCUGCCCAACAGGCAGACCGGGAAGAUGGCUGUCCUCCCAGGACUGUCUAGUCCCAGGGAGAAGAAAGAGCCAGACAGCUGUGCUUCAGCUCAGGGAGUCACAGAGAGCGUCUACGCCAUCAACAGCGGGUCUACCUCUAGCGAGAGCGAGCCUGAACUGGGAGAGAUCCAGGGGUCCUCAGCAAGCACAGCGGGGGCCCCGGCCCCCAUGCUGCCCGACCCUGGCUACAACAUUAACACCAGGAUUGCUUCAGAAUUAAAACUUAAGUGA